AUGUCCUCUGUAAGCGCAUGUAAUGAAGCAUCAUCGCCGCCGUCUUCUUCUUCUUCUUCAUCAUCAUCAUCAUCAUCACCACAGCCCUCAACCAUAUCGUCAAUCCUCUUCCAAUCCGGCAAUGUCGUCUUGCUCGACAUCCCCAGAUCCCUAGAAGAGGCCCAAGUGCCCCCCGGCCUCCCGCCAUCGGCUCGAAUCGUUUCUGGGGCCCCGCCACUUAAGCCAUUCACCACCCCGGAGCCGCGAGAUGGGGCAACAGCUGAUCAUUGGCUGCGCAACUCGCAGUCUGCAGGAGCUCAUAUUGCGGACUUGAUGGCCGCAGCAGCCGUGCAGAGCGCCCUGGACCAGCUUCAUAGCCGAUAUUCGGGACCGUUUUGCCUCCCCCGGCUUUGCAAUGCGGCGGAUGGGCUUCCAGCAAUGAGUGCUGUCAGGAUGCCCCAUGGGGCUGAAUACCUGCACGGAUCUAUCCGGGCUCUGCGACAGACAUUCGUUGACAGAGCACCGCAGUUCCGCCUCAUUGUGCUUGAUCCCCCAUGGCCAAACCGAUCUGCCCGAAGGAAGAAAACAGGCCGCUACAAUACCGCAUCCAACCUCUCUGAAAUAGAACAGCUUCUUUCUAGUAUACCCGUGGCUUCUCAUCUUGCUCCAGAUGGCCUAGUGGCUAUGUGGAUCACUAAUAAAUCCAGCAUUCUUGACCUAGUAACCUCAUCCAAAGGUCUCUUUGCAUCCUGGGGCCUUGAACUGGUAACGCAGUGGACAUGGCUCAAAAUCACCUCAUCGGGCGAGCCCUUAUUUGACAUAGAGUCUGCAUGGCGAAAACCAUGGGAGACGCUGCUGGUUGCAAAACGCAUCGGCGCCAAGGCCCCAGAGGCUCUUGAGCCUAAAGUUAUUUUGGCAGUUCCAGACGUACAUUCACGGAAACCAAAUCUGCGACAGCUGUUUCAAGAUAUUCUUGGCCAAGGCUACCCAGCUUUAGAGGUAUUUGCUCGCAACCUCACCUCUGGCUGGUGGAGCUGGGGAGACCAAGUUCUGCAGUUCCAGGAGUCGGAGCACUGGACCGCCAUCAACGAUGGAUGUUCACCGUAUGAAACCCAUUGCUCCAUGUAA